AUGGCCGAGUAUCAUGUUCGGGAGCUGUCAGAGCAUGAUUUUCUUGCAGAAACCGGAGAAUUCAUAGAAGUGACCGUAGAGAUCGAAGCGGGUGUUUCCGACAACGUUAUACAUACCCCAGACAACAACGACGUAGUAGCGUCUGGACCAGCUCCCGCAGAAUCUGGCACCGCUUCUAUUUCUAAUACCCACAAUCAAAGGGAGUACAUCAACCUGGGUAGUUCACCACAAUAUCCUCCAGGGGAGUACAUCAACCUGGGUAGUUCACCACAAUAUCCUCCAGGGGAGUACAUCAACCUGGGUAGUUCACCACAAUAUCCUCCAGGGGAAUACAUCAACCUGGGUAGUUCACCACAAUAUCCUCCAGGGGAGUACAUCAACCUGGGUAGUUCACCACAAUAUCCUCCAGGGGAAUACAUCAACCUGGGUAGUUCACCACAAUAUCCUCCAGGGGAGUACAUCAACCUGGGUAGUUCACUACAAUAUCCUCCAGGGGAAUACAUCAACCUGGGUAGUUCACCACAAUAUCCUCCAGGGGAGUACAUCAACCUUGGUAGUUCACUACAAUAUCCUCCAGGGGAAUACAUCAACCUGGGUAGUUCACCACAAUAUCCUCCAGGGGAGUACAUCAACCUGGGUAGUUCAGUACAAUAUCCUCCAGGGGAGUACAUCAACCUGGGUAGUUCACCACAAUAUCCUCCAGGGGAGUACAUCAACCUGGGUAGUUCACUACAAUAUCCUCCAGGGGAGUACAUCAACCUGGGUAGUUCACUACAAUAUCCUCCAGGGGAAUACAUCAACCUGGGUAGUUCACCACAAUAUCCUCCAGGGGAGUACAUCAACCUGGGUAGUUCACUACAAUAUCCUCCAGGGGAGUACAUCAACCUGGGUAGUUCACUACAAUAUCCUCCAGGGGAAUACAUCAACCUGGGUAGUUCACUACAAUAUCCUCCAGGGGAGUACAUCAACCUGGGUAGUUCACUACAAUAUCCUCCAGGGGAGUACAUCAACCUGGGUAGUUCACUACAAUAUCCUCCAGGGGAAUACAUCAACCUGGGUAGUUCACCACAAUAUCCUCCAGGGGAAUACAUCAACCUGGGUAGUUCACUACAAUAUCCUCCAGGGGAAUACAUCAACCUGGGUAGUUCACUACAAUAUCCUCCAGGGGAGUACAUCAACCUGGGUAGUUCACUACAAUCUCUGCAGUGA